AUGAGCUCCCAGGCAGCGGCAGCGGGGCCGAUCUUUGCAGAGGGUGAGGAUUGCCGGGCAGCCUGGCAAGAGGCGGCUGCUGGCUACGAUGUGCCUGAUGCCCACCUGGAGAUCCUGGGGAAACCCGUGAUGGAGCGCUGGGAGACCCCCUACAUGCACUCACUGGCAGCUGUGGCAGCCUCGAGGGGUGGCAGAGUGCUGGAGGUGGGCUUUGGCAUGGCCAUUGCUGCCAGCAAAGUGGAGGAGUUUGACAUCGAGGAGCACUGGAUCAUCGAGUGCAACGAGGGCGUCUUCCGGCGGCUGGAGGAGUGGGCCAGGAGGCAGCCACACAAGAUCGUUCCCCUGAAGGGGCUGUGGGAGGACGUGGUGCCAACGCUGCCAGAUGGGCACUUCAGGGGGAUCCUGUACGACACCUACCCGCUGUCAGAGGAAACCUGGCACACACACCAGUUCACCUUCAUCAAGGACCAUGCCUUCCGCUUGCUGCAGCCCGGUGGGGUCCUCACCUACUGCAACCUGACCUCCUGGGGUGAGCUGCUGAAGACCAAGUACACUGACAUUGAGAAGAUGUUUGAGGAGACCCAGGUGGGGCAACUGGUGGAAGCUGGGUUCAAGAGGGAGAACAUCAGCACGAGGGUGAUGGACCUGGUCCCUCCCAAGGACUGCAGGUACUACUCCUUCCACAAGAUGAUCACACCCACCAUCAUCAAGCACUGAGAGGGUCACACAACUGUCCCUUGGGCUGCCCCAAGCUACAGGAAGCAAACACUAAGGAGAAGAGGCUGAUGAUGUGCACUAUCAGGAGGAAAGCUCUGACUGCCCUUGAUGCUAAUGAGAGAUGACUGAAGAGGAUUUAUCUGGAGACAGAGAUGGCUGGAGGCUUGGGAUGAACAUCACAGAUCCCCAUGGGACCUCAAAGACAAAAGGAUUGAGAACUCCCUGCUCUACAGUGAUAUCCACUGAGCCAAUGCACCUCCCUGCCCUGGGGAGGUCUUGUGGGCUCUGCAGAGGAAGGUCCCACCCUGCUCAAGACUCAAGUCUCCAAAUACUCCAAUUAAGCUGCAAUUCAAGAGCCUUUAGCCAAAGGCAUUCAAGGAUGGGAUGUUUUGUCUAAAAACAAGAUCAUUUCUUAGGAAUCCUGGGGUGGAUUUCCACACAAUCAGGAGCCAAACAAAUGAAACCAGGCAGAAGUAGGGGAGAGGGGGCAGCUGAGGCACUUCAGGUGCCCCUGGAGCAACUCCCCAGCCAAGCUUCUCUCAGUAUUUUUGGCUAAAGCCCAUCACAGCAAGU